UAAAUGUGAAGCGACGUGCCCAGAGUGAGCUGGUCAAUGUCUUUUCGUUCGUGAUGAUUUCUACUCCCUGUAGGGAACAGAGCAAGGUGCAAAACCGGAUUUAUAUAACAAUACCGAAACACAAGACCGCAAUAAAAGAAAAACUGAAAAGCAACAUUGAAGAAGGUCGUGCGGCAACCCCGCCGCGGUAUACAGUGUUUGGAUCCAAGGAGGUUUAACCGGAAAUAUGUUGUGUAUACACAUGUUAUAUACACACUCACACGUCGGUCUCAGAAUUAUAAGAUUAAGGCUGAUGACACACGGAUUGUAGAAAAUGUCUUCGCUAUAAUCAAUCGCUGUAACAGUGAGAGAGAGAGAGUGAGGAGAAUUCCCCAGAUAAGUUGGCUGGGAGAAAGAAGAUAAGCGACCCGAAAUGAAGUGUGAAAAUUGCACCAAAACGGAAUGCAGUAAGAAGCAGAAGAAUGAUGAGAACCAAAGCUCCACCCGGGAAUCGGUCGACACGACGGAGGAGAAUGGGGAGACCAGUGAGUUUCACAAGCUGGCGGGUAAGCGCGUGUACCUGAGUGAUUGCCUGGCCUGUGAGAGGUGUGUCUCGGAGGAGGAAAGUCGGAGAAUUUCUCAACAAAACCAGAAGGAGCUGUUCAGAAUCGUUAACCUCAACAAGAAAUGCGAUACCUCAAAACACAAAGUGCUGGUCGCCUCCCUUUGCCCACAGUCACUGCCUUACUUUGCUGUGAAGUUAAAACUCAGCAUUCCUGAGGCCACCAAGAAACUCUGCAGCUUCCUGAAAAGCCUGGGGUUCCAUCAUGUGUUUGAUGCCACCCUGGCAGCUGACUUCAGCGUCCUGGAGAGCCAGAAAGAGUUUGUGGAACGUUACCGACGUAGGAAUCAAGACCUGCAGGCUCUGCCAAUGUUCACCUCUGCCUGUCCUGGUUGGAUUCGCUAUGCAGAGCGAGUGCUAGGCAGCCAGGUGACCCCUCACAUUUGCACAGCCAAGUCCCCUCAGCAGAUCAUGGGAUCCCUGGUCAAGGACUACUUUGGCAAACAGCAGGGGCUGGCCCCAGACAAGCUGUACCAUGUGGUGGUGGCUCCCUGCUUUGAUAAGAAGCUGGAGGCCCUGCGAGAGGAGUUCUACAACAGUCUGCAGGACACUCAGGAUGUGGACUGUGUUCUCACCUCGGGGGAAAUCAUUCACUUGAUGGAACAGAGCAAUGUGUCUGUGGAGGGCUUGGAGUCCACUCCUUUAGAUCACAUGUUUGGGGACACAGAGGGGGCUGAUCUUGCCCGGCAUGAUGGGAGCGGGGCAGAGGGUUUCCUGGAACAUAUUUUCAAGUUCUCUGCAAAGGAGUUGUUUGGAGUGGAGGUGGAGGAAAUAGUUUAUCAAUCACUAAAAAACCGUGAUUUCCAGGAGGUGACCCUGCAGAGGGAUGGCGAGCCGCUCUUGCAGUUCGCUGCAGUCUACGGCUUCCGAAACAUCCAGAACAUGAUCCAGAAACUGAAGAAGGGUCGCUUCCCUUACCAGCUGGUGGAGGUGCUGUCCUGCCCUGGAGGCUGUCUGAAUGGGAAGGGACAGGCGCAGACAGAGAGUGGGAUAGCUGACAGGGCCCUGCUGCAGCAGAUGGGGGAGGUGUACACCAGCCUGCCUGUGCGACUGCCUGAGACCAGCGCCCAGGUGCACAGACUCUACAUGGACUGGCUGCAGGGUGCCGAGUCCCAGAAGACACAGGAGGCCCUGCACACUCAGUACAGGCCAGAGAACCAGGCCAGCAGCACUGUAGACUUCAAGUGGUAGUGUGGAUGACCUUCUACAACAUCAAAGACUUCCUUAAACCAGAGCUGGGCCAGGUUUUCUAAAACCCUUGUUGUCUCUUCUCACCUGCAACAUUAUCAUUACCAUCUUGUGCUGAUGGUCUUUUAAGUUAUUGGAAUGUUUUUUUUAGGGUUUGCUGUUUUUAUUUUCAAAUAUGAAGCUACAGCUACCUUUCCUGUGCUGAAGGUCACAUGGUCUGGUUUUGCAUACAGCUUGCAACACAGAGAAAGGGUAGCAGAAAUGAACAGCUUUUAUUCUGCAUUAAAUUAAGUCGAACAGACAGCCAAGAAACCUUUGGCACAAGAAAUGUGGACCACUGGAGAUAAAAUAAAUGAUUUUAAAGUCUUGGGUAUGACUCCUGCCAUUGCACUGUACAGGGUAAGGCCACCAUCAUUCUAAUUGUUCUUGAGAGAUACGUGCCUGCUCCUCGUUCUUUCCUGAAGGCAAAUUUAGAUUGAAUGUGUUAAACUUACUCCACAGACCAGAGUAACGAAACUCAGACCUUAAGAGCAUGGGUAGGAACGGGACAUAGGCUGAGAUCCACUUGAGUUAUAGUGCCACUAUCCUUACCAAGUGUCAAAUACAACUGAUAAAGAAACACUGACUAAUAGAAUACAACACACCCCUUUGUUUGUCACCCAAUACAAAUUCCAUUGCUUUAUAGAAUGAACAUAAACAACUUAUUUACUACUUUUACAUGCACAAAGAAUCUAUCCUUUUGUAAUUAAUUUAUCUGAAUCUGAAAAACAAAUGUACAGAGUUUAUGUGAAGGGGGGACAGGUUUAGAAGUUGAUUACCUUGAAUCAGAUUAGAUGCAGAUAAACAAGAUUAUUGUGAUCUGAUCACUGUUGGCUUUUGUACAUUUCUUAGAAGUACAGUCACACCCCCUAUGUUAACAUCAAAGAGAUUUCCCUCAUUUAUCUAAAUGCAGCCCCUUGGUAAACAAAGCCAAACAAUGAUAGUACUGUAUCAGCUUUAACAAAAUGAUACCAGCCACUAGAAACUUUAUUCACAGAAGUACAUCUCAUCUGCAUAAUCUGAUUAGCUGCUGUGCCUGAAAAGAACUGACUGUGUCAUUACUCUCUUAUAUUUUGUGUACAUUGUUCUUGCAGGAAGUCAAACAUACCCAAUGAUAAAAAAUCAAC